AUGGGGACCGAUCCAGGACCUUCAUCCCUAUCUUCUUCCCCUCUCGCCACAUUUCCUCGCAAUGCGCCGACUCAAGUUCGUCGUCGAGGUCUCCGCUCGCGUACCAGCACCGAAGGGAUGCCCGACUGGCCUCAACGUCGUAACUCUACAUUGUCAGACUCGAUCUCGGAGGCUCGAAAUUCCAUUCGAUCUUCUACAGAUGAUUUGUUCCUUCCACGGUUGCGGAGUGAGAACCCGACAACGGAAGAAUCUCACUGGCACUCGACACCACUUGCAUUGGCUCUGCUCCCCGCCAUAGCAGGUAUCUUGUUCAAGGAUGGAAGCGCCUUUGUUACAGACGUGACAUUGUUGGUGCUGGCCGCCAUAUUCCUCAAUUGGUCUGUUCGACUGCCGUGGGACUGGUAUCGCUCAGCCCAAGCAGUACAGCAAGAACCAGAGAGCGAUGUCAAUGAACCCGUUAAGGAAGCAGAUGGCGCCGAUGAAGGCGAAUCUACGCAGCAGCGUCCAAAGAAUCUGCGAUCUGCUGGAGCUACAGCGAGCAGGGAACUAUUGAUCCAUGAACUCGCUGCCCUAGCUUCGUGCUUCAUCUUUCCCAUAAUCGGCACAUGGGUACUCCAUGCCAUCCGAUCAAGUCUAUCUCGUCCAUCAGAAGGUCUAGUUUCGAACUAUAACCUAACCAUAUUCCUCCUGGCAGCGGAAGUACGCCCCUUCGCCCAUCUUCUCAAGCUCGUACAAGCACGAACCCUUCACCUUCAGCGGAUAGUAGCCUCCUCAUCUGAAGACCACAUCGACCCUAGCAAAGUCCAAGAUCUCACAAAACGCCUCGAGGAACUAGAAGCCCACGUCGCUGAAACAGCAGCAGCUCGGCUCAAUGCAACAUCUGAAAACGAACUCACGCCAUCUCCCACACAACCAAGCGAUGCUCCAUCCAUCGUUAUACAAGCUUCGGUCGAAGCCCGCAGAGCCCUACAACCAGACAUUGAGGCACUAAACCGUGCCGUACGUCGAUAUGAAAAACGCCUCGCUUUCAGCUCCCUCCAGUGUGAUACUCGCUACCACUCACUCGAAUCACAGGCCCGUGACACCCUUGCCCUGGCCGCCGCUGCACAGCGCUCAAGUGCAUCCAAGCGCCAAAAUAAUGCCAUGGUCCUGAUUGACUGGGCCUGUGCGUGUAUUGUUGUCCCCUCCCAGUUCGCCAUCUCGCUUCUAAAUCUGCCCGGUCGGAUCACGAGCCGCUGUUUAGAUGCAGCAAAAAAUAUGAUAGGCUGGCGGCGCAAGACUGUCUCACACCCGCGAUCCAAAUCAUCGAAAGGCAAAUCUGUACAAGUGUUGCGAGGAUCUAAAACCCGGGCUCAAUUAUCCCCACCGAGGCAGAUGCAGACUCCAGUUUCCAUGGAAACUUCUCGCUCGAAUGUAUAUUAG